UGUUUUCUUCCUGUUUGUCGCUGGAGCUGUAUUAGCGACGUCCAACCAGCAAGAGAGAGCCAAAACAUAAAAAUCACUACAUUUAUUAUAAUAUUAUGAUGUAAAACAUGACAUGUUCGUGUCAGAUAUCGGCUUUCUACUGAGAAACGCCUGCUGCUGCUCAACGGGAGUGAAAGAAAACCUCGGUGUGAGUCACAGAGUUGAAUCCAGAAAAAAUGUGCUUAUUGAUCUCUUUCAGCACACUGUGACCAAAAUGAUGAAACGCACGUUGCUUGAGGGAAGUCGUGCCGUCCGUCGCAGCGUCAGUGUGCGCUGCUCCUCUGGGGAUUUGAGUGACGUGACGGCAACCAUGACGGAGCCAGGUCCGGCAGGCUCGUCACACCUGUCCGGAGAGGCGUCACUUUAUGUGCACUGGCCCUACUGCCUGAGACGGUGCUCCUACUGUAACUUCAACAAGUACAUACCAAGAUCCGACAAUAACCACAUCAUGACUGAGUGCCUUCAGCAGGAGACUGAGACGUUGCUGCAGCUGAGCCAGGUCUCCUGUAUCACCUCUGUAUUUUUUGGUGGUGGGACUCCCAGCCUGGCUCACCCCUCAACCAUUGCUGCAGUUCUUGAAACUGUUUCCAGGCGGGCUCAUCUGUCAGAUAAGGCCGAGGUCACGCUUGAGGUCAACCCCACUCCUGCAGGCAUGUCCAAGUUAGAAGAUUACUGCCGUGCUGGGGUGAACCGUUUCUCCAUCGGUGUUCAGUCUUUGCAGGACGAGGACUUGAAAAUUCUGGAAAGAGACCACAAUACCCAGAAUGCAUUGCAGACUGUUGUAGAGGCUCGGAGGCAGUGCCCCGGGAGGGUGUCGGUGGACGUCAUGUUUGGACGGCCCAAGCAGAGCGUCGAGUCCUGGGAGAGGGAGUUGUCUGAGCUGCUGAAGGUGUGUGACGACCACGUGUCCCUGUACCAGCUGACACUGGAGAGAGGCACCCAGCUGUUUAAGCAGGUUCAGCGAGGGGAACUCUCCGUGCCGGCUGAUGACGUGACCGCAGCGAUGUACCAGUCCGCCAGGAGGAUUCUGCAUGAGCAUGGUUUUCUGCAGUAUGAGGUGUCGAACUUUGCAAGACACAAUGCAGUCAGUCAUCACAAUAUGAGCUACUGGAAGGGGAGACAAUACAUUGGUGUUGGCCCAGGAGCGCAUGGGCGCUUUGUUCCACGGGGGGAGGGAGGUGUGAUGCGGGAAGCCCGGACCCAGACCCUGGAGCCUGACGUCUGGAUCCACGAGGUCCAGCAGAGGGGGCACGGGACACGGAGGAGGAUUCAGCUCGGCCCUCUCGAACUGCUGGAAGAAGUAUUGCUGAUGGGAAUGAGGAUGACUGAGGGCAUUACCCACCAGCAUUGGCAGUUGUUCAGCUCUCAAAUGGGACUUGAUGAAGUCUUUGGUACCUCCAUGGAAGUCCAGGAGUUGUUGAAGAGUGGACACCUUAUACUUGAUGACAGAGGUCUACGCUGCUCCUGGGACGGACUGGCCUUACUGGACAGCAUACUGCCAGCGCUGCUAUUGGAACUGGGAAAUCGAAUCCCAGAAAAUCCACAAAGCCACCGUGUGGCUAAUGCACAAAAAGAGAAAACCUCCACACUAGUUUGACAGAACUGUCAUGGACCAGCCACUUUUAAAAAUGCCAGGUUUAGGCUGACAGGACAUGGGGGAAAAAAGGAUAUUUACAUUUCAGCAGGAUGUUGUUUGGGAGGGUUGGCUCUCCACCCUCCAUCCUAAAAACAUCACUCUUUGUUAGCACACAAUGUUUGUUUAACCUUGCAUUGCAGGCUGGUGUUGACAGGGUAAAUGAGGCUGGUGAACUUGGCUUUGUAUAAGUUACAUGCUUCAAAAUCCAAACUCAUAUUCCCUUUUUGUGGCUCAGUCUUUCUGCUCAUUUCAUUCAUCACUGCACAACAAAUGGAGUCUUUGCAUCCCACUUUUACUUUGUUGUUUAGCAGGCAUAGUAACCCAAAUCAAACCAGACCAGUGACAUAAGCUGCACAUCUUCUCAAGGUUUUGAGCAAAAGAAGACACUCCACAGAUUGUUAUUUUGGUUUUGCAAUAAAAAGAGUACAAUAAAAUGUGUGUUCACAUUGGCUU